AUGGUUCUGAUCACUGUCUCCUUCGUGCGAAAAUAUGAUAAGGCAGCACGAUGGAAGAAAAACAUUUGCUACCGGCAACGAAGGAGAAAGGAAAUUGUCUACGACGAUACUGCACUACUUGCGUACUUGAGUACUCUUCAUCCUGAGGAAGGGCACAUCGAGGAUCUAAAAGUGGACCACCAUCUGCAGCUUAGAGGAAUCCGAACCUGUGCUGAACGUGCCUCGAAGCCGCGUGUGACAAACUUUGAUCAGAUUUCGAAGACCACCACGACCACGGAAUUGUUGGAAAGAAGGACUUUGAGGUUUGAUACGAACGCAUCGCACAUUGAACGAAGGAAAGGAUCACAGACUAGUGGAAGACUUCGCGAACCGUUGUUAUCCAUGAGAAAAGUGACUGAGAAGACCUUUGAAACUAUUGUCUGA